UCUUUUCUCAUAUAAAGACAACACAACAGAAACACAUAAAUACUAAAGACACAACAUAAAGAGUUCAUUCAGCGACUACAGAGGAAACAUCAAAAGAUACAAGAACACUCUUACGAUGAAUGCGUUUAUUUCAACCAGUUUUCAUAUCCUCAUUAUUUUAGGCAAUGUGAACAGCGAACAGGAGCCAGAUGGCCCGCAAUUCCCUUCCCAAGUAGAGGUUUUUUUAUGGUUCUCACGUGUUAACCAAUGGUACAGUUUUUGUAACGGAGUUCUGAUUGCAUUAAACAAAGUUGUUGCGCCUGCAAAUUGCCUAAAAGAUCAUCUACCCAAGGAUGUUCGAGUGUCUCUAGGGAAGGUCAAUAAAACGCACCAACAAAUUAUCUACGUCUCAAGAAUAGACAAGCAUGAAGAUUUUCAAUGGUAUGAGUUGCCCAACGACAUCGCACUUUUGACACUGUCCACUCCAGCCAAACUUGACAAGAAUGUGCAGGUAGCCAAACUUGCAGUUAGUAGCUCUAUCUAUGUAGAGACAUCGUGUAUGGUAUACGGCUGGGGUGGAAGCAGGGUGGAACAAGUGUCACGAACGCUGCUCUCAAAGAACGAGUGCAUAGAGAGAGCCGAUAAAGAGCUCCAGUAUCCGUUAAGUUCUGGACAUUUAAUUUGUGUUUUAAACCCCAAAGGUAAUAACAGCGCCUUUUGUAUGGGCAAUUUAGGCACCCCUUUGUUGUGUGGUCCGAACAAGGAUACUCUUGUUGGAAUUGCUAAAAUGAUGGGUGCGUCUUGCAAAGCAGGCCAAGCCUCAUUGUACACAGAUGUUACAAGAUACCAAGCGUGGAUACUGCAGAGAAUGUAAAUUAAUACUUCGCAUGUAACAGCUUUACACAGAGAAAAACUAAUGUAUUUAUU